AUGUUUGUCCCUUUACCAUAUAGCCGCCCGGAGGGUGGCGGUGUACCUCCUGGCGCAGCUCUUCUUCCUGGUGGUUUCCCUCCUAUGCCUGGGGGCCCCCCAGGGGCCCCAAUGGGCCCAGUACCCUUUGUAUUAGCACCAGGGUUUGCUGCAGCAGCAGCAGGAGGAGGAGUACCACCAUUAAUAGAGAGGGAACCUGUUGAUGUAUGCAAACUAUUUGUUGGAGGACUAAACCCUAAUACUACAGAAGCAGAACUAGAGGACUACUUCAAACAAUAUGGAGCGGUCCGUAGUGCUGUUGUAAUGUUUGAUCGUAAAUUGAAUAAAAGUCGUUGUUUUGGAUUUGUUACAUUUAAUACGGAGAAAGAAACCCUUAGAGCUUAUUGUAUGGGACCCCAUACUAUUGGAGGUAAUGAGGUAGAAUUACGUCGUGCUAUACCUCGUACAUCUUAUAUAACACCAUUUCGUGGUGGUGGUAUACCAAUAGGAGGAGGAGGAGGAGGCUGUCCUCCUCCAGUAGGAGGAGGACCAGGAGGACCCCCUCCGUCUGCUGCAGCAGCUGCAGCAGCAGCAGCAGCUGCAGCUGCAGCAGGAGCAGCAGGAGUAGGAAGAGGAGGACUAAAUAAUACACUUUCUUCCUCCUCUUCUUCCUCUUGUAGACAACAACAAGAUAUAAAUGAAUUUAAUCAUCAAGAAGAAAAUGAUGAAAAAGACUGCAAAGUAUUUAUUGGAGGUAUUCCUCCUAAUAUGACUACAGCUAAGAUGGCAAUUGGCCACCAUCAAUUAGGGGAUUCUAUAGUAGAAGUUAAGAAAGCUGUUGAUAAGGAGGAAAUGAGGAAUCAAAGAGAGGCGGAGAGCAGCAGCAGCAGUAGCAGCAGUAGCAGCAGCAGUAGUAGUAGUAGUAGCAGCAGCAGUGGCAGCGGAAGCAGCAGCAGUAGUAGUAGCAGUGGAAGCAGUAACAGCAGCAGCAGUGGAAGCAGCAGCAGCAGCAGCAGUGGUAGUAGCAGCAGCAGCAGCAGUGGAAGCAGUAGCAGCAGCAGCAGCAGCAAACCACCCCUUCGUCGUGGUAACCAAGGCGUAUUAAUGAGGUCAAUAAGACAUGCAGCAGAAGUAAUACCCUUUGAUAUGCCCCUGCAUGCAGUAGGGGGCCCCCCUGGUGGGGGGCCCCCCCCUAGAGGGGUACCAUUACAGGAUCCUUAUUCAGUAUUUCCUGUUGCUGCUGCACCUGGUGUUGCAGCAGCAAGUGCAGCAGCAGCAGCAGCAGCAGGAAUGCCACCUAAUGCUUAUGGUGGUGCAUAUUAUCCUGUUGCUGCAGCAGCAGACCCGCAGCAGCAACUCGCCUUUGCUGGGGCCCCAGGCGGCAGCAUGUACCUAGCACCAGGGUACGGAUAUGUUGUUGCAGGGGGGGCCCAAGAUAUAUAUGGUUUACAGCCUGCUUCUGCAGCAGAAGCAGCAGCAGCAGCAGCAGCAGCAGCAGCAGCAGCAGAUCCUUAUGAUGUACAGGGAGCUAUAAGAGCUAGAGCUAAAAUGCCACAGAGAGCACAACCGUACUAA